AUGAUCAUUGUUUUCUUGCUUUUCUUACUUUUCUUAUUUUGCCCUUCAGAAAACCCUGAGCCAGGAGUCAUGACAACCAAGCCCAAGCUCUGCUACUUUCGUGGCAGGGGCAGGAUGGAGUCUAUCCGCUGGCUGCUGGCUACAGCUGGAGUGGAGUUUGAAGAAGAAUUUAUUGAAACAACAGAACAAUAUGAGAAGUUGCAGAAGGACGGACGCCUGCUAUUUGGCCAAGUGCCUAUGGUUGAAAUUGAUGGAAUGGUGCUGACACAGACUAGAGCCAUCCUCAGCUACCUUGCUGCCAAGUCUGACUUGUAUGGGAAGGACCUGAAGGAGACAGUCAGGAUCAACAUGUACGCUGACGGCACCCUGGACCUCAUGAUGAUUACCGCGCAGGCUGCGUUCAAACCCCCUGAGGAAAAAGAGGAGAAUCUUACUUUAAUCGUGAAGAAAGCUAAAACCCUUUACUUCCCCGCCUUUGAAAAGAUUUUGAAUGACCACGGAGAGGAUUUUCUCGUUGGCAACAAAUUCAGUUGGGCAAACAUACAACUGUUGGAAGCUAUUUUAAUGGUGGAAGAACUCGAUGCUUCUGUUCUUUCUGACUUCCCUCUACUGAAGGCAUUUAAAGCAAGAAUCAGCAACAUCCCUACAAUUAAGAAGUUCCUGCAGCCUGGGAGUCCGAGGAAGCCCCCAGAUAGCCACUAUGUGGAGGUAGUCAGGGGCAUCCUGCAGUUCUGA